AUGCAAAUUUUCGUGAAGACACUUACGGGCAAGACCAUCACCCUGGACGUGGAGCCGUCGGACACGAUCGACGGCGUGAAGCAGAAGAUCCAGGACAAAGAGGGCAUCCCCCCGGACCAGCAGCGAUUGAUCUUCGCCGGCAAGCAGCUGGAGGACGGCCGCACCCUGUCGGACUACAACAUCCAGAAGAUCUUCGUCAAGACCCUCACGGGCAAGACCAUCACCCUGGACGUGGAGCCUUCGGACACGAUCGACGGCGUGAAGCAGAAGAUCCAGGACAAGGAGGGUAUCCCCCCGGACCAGCAGCGUUUGAUCUUCGCCGGCAAGCAGCUGGAGGACGGCCGCACCCUGUCGGACUACAACAUCCAGAAGCUGGAGGACGGCCGCACCCUGUCGGACUACAACAUCCAGAAGGAGUCUACGCUGCACCUGGUGCUCCGCCUCCGUGGCGGCAUGCAGAUCUUCGUCAAGACCCUCACGGGUAAGACCAUCACCCUGGACGUGGAGCCGUCGGACACGAUCGACGGCGUGAAGCAGAAGAUCCAGGACAAGGAGGGUAUCCCCCCGGACCAGCAGCGCCUGAUCUUCGCCGGCAAGCAGCUGGAGGACGGCCGCACCCUGUCGGACUACAACAUCCAGAAGGAGUCUACCCUGCACCUGGUGCUUCGUCUUCGUGGCGGCAUGCAGAUCUUCGUCAAGACCCUCACGGGUAAGACCAUCACCCUGGACGUGGAGCCGUCGGACACGAUCGACGGCGUGAAGCAGAAGAUCCAGGACAAGGAGGGUAUCCCCCCGGACCAGCAGCGCCUGAUCUUCGCCGGCAAGCAGCUGGAGGACGGCCGCACCCUGUCGGACUACAACAUCCAGAAGGAGUCUACCCUGCACCUGGUGCUUCGUCUUCGUGGCGGCAUGCAGAUCUUCGUCAAGACCCUCACGGGCAAGACCAUCACCCUGGACGUGGAGCCGUCGGACACGAUCGACGGCGUGAAGCAGAAGAUCCAGGACAAGGAGGGUAUCCCCCCGGACCAGCAGCGCCUGAUCUUUGCCGGCAAGCAGCUGGAGGACGGCCGCACCCUGUCGGACUACAACAUCCAGAAGGAGUCUACCCUGCACCUGGUGCUUCGCCUCCGUGGCGGGCAGUAGAACUUGCGCCAGUUCUCGUCUCCUAGAUUGUGUUGUCUCUAGUUCCCGUUGCGAUUUGGUAGCGGUCUGUUAAACAGUACUGUACAAGGGUCUGAGCGGAGCGGAUGAUGAUCGGCUGUGAGCUUGUCGCCAGAAUGAAACCGAGGUUCAUCGGAUGCGUGAGAAAUGAAGAGCAAGCGGAGCUUACGAUUCUUGGGAUAGUCUGCUUGCGGAUGGAAGAGUCGUGGAACUUUUGGCAACACGAUGAUGGGACGGGGAAAUGUUAAUAAUACGUUACAAAUGAUAGUUUUGUGAUUGAUUUCUUUGGUUUGCCGUCGCAUGGUCUGACCAACGGCUCUGCCGAAAAGGUGGCACGAUGUUGUCUGUCCAACCGCUUUCUGGCGAAAUGGGCACACCGGUGUAUUGCUUACCUUUUGUGCACCUGCUGUUGCCCCGUGUGCAACACCGUUUGCUUGUCGAAGAGUUGCAUUUUUCUGAUGCAACACGGUCGGCCUCAUAUACCACCGUAGCACUUCCAUGACGGCAUCCUGCCCCCUGCAACCCCUGUGCUGGGUAGGUCGCGUACUAGCUUGUACGGUCAGGUCUUUGCUCGUCUUAACGUCACAUUUUUUGCGCGCA